GCUUCUAAUAUUGUUGUAGCCAAAACCCUACAACAUAGUGAUAUACACACACUUCCUUCACAUCAUUAUUCUCGCAUCGCCGCUUGCAGAAAGCUUCUUUCACCAAAACCCCAUUUUCCAAAAUCGUAUUUUUUGAGCAAUCAACAGCAAAAAUGGCAGCGGGGAAGAAGACGAAGAAGACUCAUGAGAACAUAAACAACAGGCUGGCCCUGGUUAUGAAGAGCGGCAAGUACAGUCUCGGUUACAAAACCGUCCUCCGCUCUCUCCGUAGCUCCAAAGGGAAGCUGAUUUUGAUAUCUAACAAUUGCCCACCUCUCCGCAAGUCCGAGAUUGAAUACUACGCCAUGCUUGCCAAGGUUGGGGUCCACCAUUUCAGCGGAAACAAUGUUGAUCUGGGGACAGCAUGUGGAAAGUAUUUUCGUGUGUCAUGCCUUAGCAUUAUUGAUCCAGGUGAUUCAGAUAUCAUCAAGUCACUCCCUGGUGAUCAUUGAGAUGCUUUUUGGUGAUCAAGUCCUAAAACUAGUAUAAUUUUGUUCUUUAGAACUUUUGGUAGAGUUUCAAAUUUGAGCUGUUAUUAAAAUACACCACUGCAUCCUUCCAUUAGCAAAAUUUUGUUAUGUUAAUGAGCUUUCAAAGACCCUGCUAUUUUUUAUUUGCGCGAAGUUGUUUCUGUUACUUGAUUUGAUGCCUGUUUAAUGAAAUGAUUCAGUCAUCUUAACCAUUUAAGAUUAA